AUGUCCGAAGAAUUCCAACACCCUACGGAGGCAUAUAGUGGAAAGUCUAGUUUUGAUAUGAAGCUCUCUCAGGAAAGACACGUUGUUACGUUAAGUACAGCAUGCGCCGGAAUCGGGCUGGGGUGGAUUUCACCAGUUUUAGUGAAAUUAAUGGAUGAAAACGAAGACAUCUUGUCACCAAGAAUAUCAGAAGUUGAAGCAUCGUGGUUAGUGUCUACAUCGUAUCUGGUUGCAUUUUUAACAAACUAUCCAUGGGGAAUCGUAAUGGACUAUUUCGGUAGGAAAACCUGUAUCGUUUUUGGCAUGUGUUUGACGAUGACCGUUAAAUUCAUGUUAACGUUUGCAACGAAAGCUUGGAUGUUGGUGGUGGAAAGAGCUUUCAGCGGUACACUAAGUGGCAUGCUAAUUUGCGCUUCGGUUGCCUACUCUGCAGAAAUAUCUAGUAAAGAAAUUCGAGGCUCUUUAUUAUCGUUCAUAAAUAUCAAUAUAUCACUCGGUACAUUAAUGAUGUUCUGUUUUGGACCUUACCUCAAUUACUUUCAUUUGAACAUCGCAAUUACGUGUACGGUGGCAUUGUGUACUGUACCGAUAUUAUUCCUACCUGAGAGUCCGUACUAUUUGUUCUCAAAAGGUCGCAUAGAAGAAUCGAAGAAAGUACUAAUUUACUUCCAUAGAUCUGAAUACGAAGCGACAGAAGAAAUAGAGCAGUAUAAUCUUGCGCUUAAUUCAAAAGUGAAUUGUUUGGAAAUAUUCAAAAACAAAAUGUUUUCUAGAUCCUUGACGCUAGCCGUUCUCUUUGCCGUGCUCGUGAACUUGAUUGGCCAAUCAAUCGUCAUAAAUUAUUUGCAGUCAAUCUUGGAGAUCACGCACACAAAUAUCAAAUCGGAAUUAGCUUCUGUGAUUGUUGGUGUUAUCCAGUUUGUAGCUGGUAUCUUGGCUGCGCUUGUGACGGACAAAGUUGACCGCAAACCUUUAUUAGUUGUUACCUUGGCGGGAACGGCUGCUGGUUUUACAGGACUAGGACCAUUUUUCAAACUGAAAGAGCUUGGAUACUCUACGGAAGGCUGGAUAAAUUACUUACCGUUGUUUUCGCUUGUGGCCGUUUUAUUUAGCUACAGUACAGGACCCGGCUCCAUUUUUCUAACCAUCGUGUCUGAACUUUUCGAGGGCCCAGCAAGAGCGUCUGGUGUCACUAUAUCGUUCUCCGUGGCUUCUUUAACUGCGUUCCUGCUAACGAAAUAUUUCGCGACCUUCGUAAAACUGAUUGGUCCCGUUUAUUCGUAUUGGUCGCUAGCCAUUAAUACAAUUGUAGCGGGUUUAUUUGUUGUAAUCUUCAUACCGGAAACGAAAGGAAAAUCUUUUGCGGAAAUCCAAAGUAUACUGAAGUCGAUAAACGAAGAAAAUCAAAGAGAUAACAGAGAGUAUCAACGAACUUUUAGCUUGAAAAAUACAAAACUAAAGACGCACUUUUAAAAGACUCAAUAAUGUCUUUUAAGUUUUGAUGAAUGUGUAAAGGAGAAUUCCCAUUUCAGGCCCAAAGUGGACAAUAGAUUAGAGAAAAAAUACUUAGUGCAUUAAUUUUGGCAUAAAUAAAUAUGCAUUUACUUUCUUCCAAAUGAGCGCCACUACAGUUUACAAUAAGUAAGUUGAGUAAGUUUAAAAAAAAUUAUUCUACUGAAAAAACAAGGUUUUUGAUUUUUGCGGGAAAAAUAUUGCCAGCAUCAAAACCUUUUAAGUAUUAAGUAAACAUUUUAAGUAUAUAAAUAAAAUAUAUAAAUAAAACAUUUAAGUAUUAUCAUUAAAAUAACAUCAAAGACAUACCCAUUGGACUUUUUUGGUAUUCAAAAAUAAACUAUUUUUUAAUUUCAUUUUAUUUUUAUAGAAGUGUCAUCAAUUUCAAUAUAUUUUUUAGAUAUCCAAUACAUUUAAGAAUUUAAUACAGUCCAUUUUUAUAAUAAUAUUAGAUGUCCAUCUUGGGCCCACAUGCUAUGGAGAGUAGGCAGUUUUGAGGUUAUUUUUUUUAUAAUAUAAAUAAGUGUCGGAUAAUUCAAGAAUUUUUCUUUUCUUAAUGUUUAAUUUAUUAAUUAUGAUAAGAGAGAUGUUCUUAAUGUAUUUUUAUCCAAUUGUAGUUAUUAGAAAUAAAAAAAAACAUACACAUGUUUCUUUAAAUAUCUAUAUUUUUUUCAUCAUCCUACACAAUUCGUAAAUCAUCAAAAACUAGCACAGGAGUCAGGAGGGCAUAUACAUGGUUUUGAAUCUCGGUCAGGUUAAAAUCACAAUUCACACAAUGUUUUUCGGUCGUAGUAUGAAACGUUAUUAAUCGGUAUCCAUAAUCGAAUGUAGCUGUGAUCCUUAACUCCUGAUCCAAAGUCGUCAUUCAAGGAAGGAUAAAAUCCAUAAAACAAAGCCAGUAAAAUAAAUAGAAGAAAAAUCAAAACACAUCCAUUUUGAACGUAAGCACAAGCAGCAAGCGAAGUGUCAGUUAUUUAUUUAGUAAUCUGUGGUGUCAGUCUAUAGAUAAGUUUCCUACUUCAGUGUGUCAGUCAGUCAGAUUAAAUUCAGUGUUGUCAGUAUAACGAAAAAUAAUUACAUUAAAUCGAUAUAUCGAUUAUUAAAAAAAAAAACGAUUAUUGAUUUAAGCACUCACCUACUCCUCGUCUAACUAACCUUUAUAAUAAUCUAGUUAGAAAAGUUGAAAACCUUGACAUAUUUGGCGAUUCCCUUCCAAUAUUUAAGAACAAAAUUAUAAAAAGUUGUUGUUGAACCUCAGCCUCAGUCUUGGUCUGAGUACUCGGGUAUUACUGCCCUUGUUGUCUUUCUUUUGUUUUUAAUUUUUUAUUAUUAUUAAUAGUAUUGUUAAAUCUCUAUUAAUAUAUUAAUGUAAUGCAUGCUGUGAUUGCCUAUAAUUAGAGUUGCAGUUAUCAAUUGCUCUAUACAUGUCAAUGUUAUUUUAUGUCUUACUGUAAACCCUGUCGGUAAUCCUUAAAUAAAUAAAUAAAUAAAUAAAUAAAUAA